UUUUUUUUUUUUUUAAAGUCAAAGUAAAUGUUGUUUAUUAUUGAAUCUGAUCUUGUAAUAAUGUGUAGUAUUUUGAUUAUCAGUAUAACAAUAGCAGAAUUAUCAUAAUAGAGUGAUCUUAUUUAUAUUUCAUCUUAUUUAACUAAAUAUAAAAUGCAUUAAUGUAAACCUACUGUAUACUUACCACUGAAUAUACUUAGUGACAGUGAUAUUAAGUUAUCUACCUAUAUCUAGAUGUUUUGUCUUCUUUUCAGGAAGAGCAUAACCCUGAGAUGGCACCGAGAAGCACCCUGAACGAGUCAGAGGCUCCAGAGAACAUUCCUCUCUGUUAUGAUUCUGUGAAUGGCUCCUGUCCUAAGUUCACAUAUCCCAUUGUUAUUCGUGUUCCUCUAUAUGUUUUCCUUGGGACUACAGUGGUGAUAACAGUGAUUGGUAACCUGCUGGUCAUCAUCACUGUGGCUCAUUUCAAACAGCUCCACACACCUACAAACUACCUUAUUUUCUCUCUGGCUGUGGCAGACCUGCUGGUGGGUGGCAUUGUGAUGCCCCCUAGUGUGAUGCGAUCUGUUGAAUCAUGCUGGUAUUUGGGGGAAUUAUUCUGCAAAAUUCACACAAGUACAUCUAUGAUGUGUUGUACUGCAUCAAUUAUAAAUCUUACAAUGAUAUCUAUUGAUCGCUACUAUGCCAUAAGUCAACCUCUACUGUAUAAGUCAAAGAUAACCAUUUCAGUUGUAGUAAUAAUGAAUUCCAUUAACUGGGUUGUGUCAUCUAUAUUUGGUUUUGGGGUGGUCUUUCUAGAGUUUAAUCUUUUAGGUAUUGAGGAGCUCUAUAACAGUGUUGUGUGUGAAGGUAGCUGCAUUUUCUUACACGGUUUGUUUUCAAGUUCUUUGUCGUCUGUACUGUCUUUCUACAUGCCAGGCAUCAUAUUGGCCUGUAUAUAUCUUAACAUUUUUGUUGUUGCACAGAAACAAGUAAGAUCAAUUCACUUGAUAAAUAUGAAUAUGAGUGGGAAGCCAUCAUUGAUUAAAAUUGAAAGGAAGGCCACCAAAACCCUAGCCAUUAUUAUGGGUGUCUUUUUAUCAUCAUGGAUCCCAUUUUUUCUUGUUUUUACGAUUGAUCCACACGUGGGUUACGGAAGUCCAAAAAUAGCGUAUGAAAUACUUGGCUGGGUAGGUUACUUAAACUCUACAGUUAAUCCGUUUGUAUAUGCCUACUUUUACAGGUGGUUUAGGCAAGCAUUUAAAAUCAUUGUGUCCGGUAAAAUAUUUAAACAGGAUUCAUCAAGAACCAUGCUGACUUUGGACUGAGAUAUUUUG